AUGCGGUGGCGGGGUACGUCAGCGACGGUGCCGCUAGCGACGUUUCAGCUCCCGGGGAGCCCGCGGCCGCCGCCCCCGGGCGACAAGUCCAGGGCUCUCGCCGGCCUAGGCCUGUCCGCGUCCAAGGGCGGGGGAACUUUCUCCGGAUCCUACCAACGGCUGCCGUCGUGGGGGGGCGACGACGAAGAGGUUGGCGGUGGCGGCGGCGGCGGCGGCGGCGGGAGCGAUGGUGGCGACGUUCCUCGUUCGUUGUCCAUCAACAGCGACGGCGGCGGGUUCGGGGCCGGUACUAGGUCGCUCUCGGUCAACAGCGAUGCCGCGGCUACAGCUCGUUCGACGGAGCUGGGUCCCGCCAUCAAGCGCCGUGCCCCGGGGAAAACGAGCCGAGGCCUGGGAGCAUCGGGGGGGAGGGGUUCCGGGGGGCACAGCUGGUUCCUCUCGGCCAAAGACCGGCAGGUCUUGAAGCGGCGGACUAUCCUUUCCAGGAUCACCCCGAUCGUUCUCCUGUCGAGCUUCGUCGGAGACCUCGACCUCAUCACCGACUGGACGUUCCUGAAGUAUGGUUUGGCCGGGCAGGGGUUCUUGAUCCGCAAGCUGGCGCUGUUCUUCGCGAUCGUCGGGACUGUCAUGUGGGCCCUAUCCACGACCGAGUUCUCGCUCAUGAGCAAGCUCAAGAACAUGUGGAAGGGCAACCCCCUGAGCAGGCUCCAGCACGUGGGUCUCGGGUGGCAGCUCCUGGCCAACGUGUUCCUCGAGGACGUGCCACAGUUCAUCAUCACCGUCAUCACCCGCCCCACCUCGGUCACCGGCGUGCUCAACCUCUGCGCUUCCGGCCUCUCCCUGUGCGCCAAGAUCGUCCACGGCUACUCCAGCCAGAGGGCCCCCUCCCUGUCUACGCAAUUCAAGAUGAUCGACCAGGACCCCGCCGUCACGCGGAACCUGUUCAAGCUCAGGGAUGAGGCUAAGAAGAAGGCCAAGGCAGCGGAGAAACUGGUCUACCUCGCUUGGGCCAACAGGUGCUCGACCGGGGAGCAGAAGGCGGCGGCGGUGUUCCAGGUCCUCCAGAUGGACCCCACCUUCGUGGGCGGAGACCUGGAGUACAUGAGGGCCGAUCUCUUCUCGGGAUCAAGGCUUUACAUCACGGCAAGCAGCCUCACUGGGCCCAUUCCGUCGCAGGUCGGCGACAUGACCAUUCUGCGGGCGGUGGUCUUGUCCGGCAACCAACUGUCAGGCUGCAUCCCCACCGAACUCGGAAAGCUCGUCAACCUCAAGGAGCUAAAUUUGAGUGAGAACACCCUCAGCGGUCCAAUCCCUGUGGAGCUUACGAAACUCGGGGCGCUCAUGGUCCUGAAUCUGUCUACCAACGCUCUCACCGGGUCUAUCCCGGCGGGACUGUCGGAUCUGCAGCUGCUGACCACACUCAUGCUCGCGAAGAACCGGCUUACCGGGGAAAUCCCUUGCGAGCUGGGCGGUCUCCCGGCCCUUCAGAAACUGGACCUCAGCCAAAACCAGCUCACCGGCCCCAUCCCGGAAGAGCUUGGGGAGGGGCUCAGCAACCUCCAAUCGAUGUCCGUCGGGAAGAACAAGCUCACAGGCAGCGUCCCUGAGUCCCUGCGGAGUCUUUCCCAGCUCAAGUCACUGGUCGUUGCGAGCAACAUGCUUACUGGCGCGAAAGAGGCCGAGGCGGAUCUCAAGCCCGACCUGCACCCCGAGUGCGUCACCGACUUCCUUCCUCAAGAAGAACCGGAAGAGGAGGAGGAAGAAGAAGAAGAAGAAGAAGAGCUUCCGGAGGAAGUCGAAGGCGAGCUGGAAACCGAUCUCAUGUUGACGUAUUUUAUUAUGCUCAACAACUGUGGUUUCGAAGGCAGCUGGCAUCCUUGGAACUGAAGCUGGCCUUUUUCUCGAGUGAUGCUGAUUCUCAGAAGUUCCGCAAGUGCACCAGAGACUUUAAUAUUUCGUCGUUGUUGUCGUGCGGGUCUUUCGGUCUCGUUUAUUUUCUUUUGCUGCAGUGUUUGUCGUUUCUGUUUUUGUUGACGCCGUCUCUUUUUGGGCAACCAAGCCGGGCUCAAUGGGUACUGUAGAAUCCUUGAACGGCUUUUGCAAUGUUGCCGCUAAGCAUCGCCAACGCGGAAUUUAUACAGCGAUCGAAACAGUCCCCACAACGAACCAUCAACCGCCAGACCAUGAAUGGUAUGGUAUGUUUCCAUGGGUGGUACAAUGGGAAUAUGGGGUUUUGUGUGGUAUACGGUGUAUGGGUUUAUUUAGGUUGUGCGAGCCACCCCUGUCAGGCGUGGCGUCGCUCUGGAAUGGGGCGGAUAUAUGUGAGAUGAGAGCGGGAUGGAGGAUUUUCGAGGAAGAGAUUGGGACAUCGUGUGCUGCAAAGGGUGAUGUUGGCAACUAUGUAAGCCAGUGUUGUCUCGAAAAUGACACCUACCGCAAUAUCGGUACGUGUGUGUGCGUGCGAGGCCGUGGAUUGAGUGUUUUCGUCUGUGGAUUCGAGGGCGUAGAUUGCUGUCCGUCGUACUCUAUCCACGUUUGGUCCCUUCGCAUGCGGUAGGUGUGGUUGGAAAGCGCGAAAGGCCCUGCUUUUAGUGAUUUGUUGUAGUUGCGCCGUUCUCCCGUUGGCACGCAUUGUAUCGGGCAGCCGUUGGCGCUGUACGGGAUCGCACCAGGGCGUGCAUAUUUCUUGCAGUCUGCGGGCAAACUGUGGUACGUAGUUCUUUCCAAUCACGCCAGGCAACAGUUAUGGUUGUCAUUUAUGUCUUGAGUUCUCCUCCGGUACACCUUACCCUACAUGUAGAUACUGUCCUCCCGCCAUCGAGCUGUGUGCUCUUGGUCGUGGUGGUUCGGUUUGUGUUUCCCCUUGGGCAUUCGGCUGGGGGAGAUGUUCGUACUUAUGCUUGAUUUUCACCAAGCAGUUGUGUGAGGUGAUCGCAUGUACCAUCGUGUUUGCGUUGUUUUCCUGAUGCACCCGUUGUGAAAUCCCUGGUCGGGGGUCCCGUUCGAUGGGCGG